ACACAUUAUAUUAAUACCACUCAUUCAAUUCUCCAAUUUUAUUUCAUUUCUAUCACUACAACACCUCUGUUACAAUAAUUUAGUUUUGGAUUGUCUCAUUUUUUUACAUUAUUAUAAACUCAUCAAAUGCCGCAUUAGACGCUAUUGUAUAUGGUUAUGAUAAUUCGAAUUAGAUAGAUAGAUUCUGCCAUUUUCCAUUAGCAUAUAUCAUCAAUUGCAGAUUCAAGAGAAGGUUAGAUAUAAUAUAAAGUUUUUAUAUAUAUACCUUGUGGCCUACAACUACAAGCAUAUUCACUUCCCUUUAAAAGGGUCUCGGUUGAUUCUGUUUUUGGUCCUUAAUUCCCAAGCUUUUUAGUUACUUUCGGCUUUUGGGACCUGUUUGGCUGCGGCAUAAAGCUAAAGGCUGCAACUUGUGCAACCAAAGAACUAGCUAGCUAGGGACUCAUUACAAAUAUAUUAAGAUUGUUGUUUUUAUUGUGGAGUUGAAAGAAGGAUAAUAGUGAUGGGAAGUAGUUAUGGUGGCGGAAUUGGAGGAGGGGAAGGUGGUUAUGGGGUGGUGAUGAGUAUGACGAGAGAGCCCAAGCCUAGGUUGAGGUGGACAACCGAUCUUCAUGAUCGCUUUGUGGAUGCCGUCACCAAACUUGGUGGCCCGGACAAAGCAACUCCCAAAUCUGUUCUGAGGAUAAUGGGUUUGAAAGGCUUGACAUUGUAUCAUUUGAAGAGCCACUUACAGAAGUAUAGACUUGGACAACAAGCUAAAAAACAAAAUGAAGAACAUCACAAAGAGAACAAUAGAUAUUCAUAUGUGAAUUUCAGCAAUAGCUCUUCAGAGUUUAGCACUAGUUUCAGAGGUGAUAAUGAAAGAGGAGAAAUCCCAAUAGCAGAGGCACUUAGACAUCAAAUUGAAGUCCAAAAGAGAUUAGAAGAACAGUUAGAGGUACAGAAGAAAUUGCAGAUGAGAAUAGAGGCUCAAGGGAAGUAUUUGCAAGCUGUGUUAGAGAAAGCUCAGAGGACACUUUCCAUGGAAGGUUCAGGCAAUAAUCUAGAAGCAUCAAGAGCUCAAUUGACCGAAUUCAAUUCUGCUUUGUCCAAUUUCAUGGAAAACAUGAACAACAAAGAUAGCAAACAAAGCAUAUUAGACAUGAAUGAUUUUUAUAGUAAAGUCCAUGGUUCAUGUUUCCAUAAUUAUCAUGAAGUAAUAAGGAGAGAAGAAAAUAUUGAUCAAAAGCCUAAGAUUGAAGAGGGUUCAAUUCAGUUUGACUUAAACAUCAAAGAUAACUAUGAUUUUGUAUCUGCACGUGGUGCUGGAUCUGAAAUUGAAGCCAAAAUGCUUUCAUAUAGGCUAUGAUCAUUUUGAACCAUCAUAUGUUUGUUUUCUUCUUUUAUAUUGUUUAACUAAAGUUACAUAUUAGGAAUAAAGUUUAUCUGAUAUCUUUGUCUGUUAUGAACAAAGGUUAUUGUCUAACCUUGUUUUCAAAUCAUAGGCUGCUCAUGUUUUUGUGGCAGUAAGAAUUUGGAAGACACAUCAAAAUACAUAUACCAAUAUAUACUCCUUUGAUUAA